UCGCAACUUGGUGUUGGGGUUUCAGUCAGGGAUGUGUCCUGUGCGCGCACCUGGAGCCGCCGGAGACAUGCAGAGGGAACACAUUUUAGCCUGUUUCUACUCUGUUUUAUGAUACUGAGCCGCUGUGGACCUGAGAUUGAUUCCUGUGAUGGGGAGAAUCACAUGGAGCUGCGGUGCCGUGACCCUGCUGGCCAUCAUUAGCUCAUGUCGUGCCGUCACUCUGGAGUCCAUCCACUGGAGCAGCUCCAACACAAAAUUUAGUCCAGGUCAGGGUCUGAUCCUGUACCCUCAGAUCGGAGACAAGAUGGACAUUGUGUGUCCCCGGGCAGAUGCUUCCUUGGGGGAAAAGGAGGAGUUCUACCGAGUGUACCUGGUCUCCAGAAGUCAGAUGGAGACCUGCACCAUUGACAAGACCGACACGCCCCUGCUGAACUGUGACAAGCCCCACCGGGAUGUAAAGUUCACCUUCAAGUUCCAGGAGUUCAGCCCCAACCUGUGGGGUCUGGAGUUCCUCAAGGGGAGGGACUAUUACAUCACCUCCACCUCUGCAGGCUCUCUGCAGGGUCUGGAUAAUACUAAUGGAGGGGUGUGUAAAACCAAAUCCAUGAAGCUGGUGCUGAGAGUCGGCCAGAACUCUUCAGAUCCACCUUCAACCCUCCAGGAGUCCCCCACCAGAUUCCCACCCACACGACCAAAGUCCAAGGACCCCUCUGCAAAGGAAAAGGAUAUAACAGGCAAAACUGACUCAGAAACAGGACAAACAAACCCCAGUGGCAGCGGUGGCGGCUCGGAGCCAGGACUGCUCAUGUGGGUCGUCUCUGGCGGUGCAAUCCUCCUUCUGGUCAUCAUAAUUCUGCUGGUCGUGCUGUGGAGGAACCGUCACCGACGCUGUGUCCCAGAUAGCCAGCAGUCCGCCUCCGUGUCCCUCAACACUUUGGCCGUGGCGAAGCGGGACAGCAUUGGCAGCGACAACAACGGCUCGGACCGCAGCGAUGUCGUGUUUCCUCUGCGGCCUUCUGACAGCAUGCUCUGCCGCCAUUAUGAGCGUGUGAGCAGCGACUACGGGCCCCCUGUGUACAUAGUUCAGGAGAUAACGCCCCAGAGUCCCACCAACAUCUACUACAAAGUCUAAUGUUUGCUGCUCUAAUGCCAGGCUUUGGCGGAUAAUCCUAAACUGUCGGAGACACACACACACAGCACCUCCACUGCUUUAGUGUUUUAACCUUUUAGUGGGUGUAAGGAAAAGUCACUUGAGGGAUCAUA